AAGGUUGUCGAAGACCUUAUCAGUGCAUUGACUGAUGUGAAACCUGAGGCUUCCGAAAAGAUUUUGAGCCAGGCAUAGGCGUGCGGCCAUGGGGCUUCUCUGGCGACACUGAGGGGAUAUGUUUAUUUGGGGUUUACUAUUUUAAAUGCUGUGAAUAUAGCGUUUGUUUCAUUGUUUUGGCUCUAACCGCGUCUAAUCUCAUCGAAGCCGACCCCGGCAGAUGUUGUCAACGCUGAAUAACGCCUACUUCGGCUUUGGCAAGAUCUGGGUCGUGGCUCUAUAUUGCUGGGGUAUUUCUUCAAAUACCAUUGAGCUCGGAUGGCUCUGAUAGGACAAUAUUUACUAUCAAAAACAUUGAGUCGGGGUUCUAGACAUCUGCUUAGCUCGAAGGCUACAGCAGUCCGAUGUUUACAUCGUUCCCUGGAGUCCAUACUCAUAGACAGGUAGGCACUUCAAUAGUAUUCUAGGCCUUUGACAGCCUUUUGCUCGCCAGUAGCCUAGUACAAACCGCAUACACAGGUUUAUGUUGAACUGCCGUGUUUCACUCUAAGCUGAUGUUUUGGCACAUGCCUUGGUUGUAUUUCUCAACUCUUUUAGCCUCAGGCACACUUUUUUUAGGCUCCGACAGCUAUUACAUCAUCCCGCAAUGCCCCCAAUAACAUCAUAUUCCAAACCACACACUAGGAAUAUAGAAGAUGAGAUACGCCGUCGUUACUCUGCGCGCAAACAAUAGGUUUGUCAGCCUGAAGAGCGUCUGUCGGUACCCUCGGCUCAAUCAUCGAAUUCCGCGCGGGUUCCAUUCGUUAACUUGUAGGUCUCAUCUCCAUGAGGCCACGGGGUCUGACCCACGACUGGAAGGGCUGGGGAAAGUCAUUGAGGAUGAAUAUGCGGUAAUUCGGAAAGAUUAUGACACCCCAAAGCACGCCAUUGUCCUGGCGCAUGGGCUUCUUGGGUUCGAUGAAUUACGCCUCGCCGGUCCUUACUUUCCUAGUGUGCAAUACUGGCGCGGUAUUAAAGAGGCGCUUUUAGUGAAAGGAAUCGAGGUCAUCACCGCUACAGUACCUCCUUCGGGGUCAAUCGAAGCACGUGCUGAGGAACUAGCAAAGGAUAUUGCUGCUGGUGCUCAAGGGAAGGCUGUUAAUAUUAUUGCUGGGCUUGAUUCCCGGUAUAUGAUCAGCCAUCUGCGACCGAAGAACUUUAAAGUUCUAUCUCUGACGACCAUUGCAACUCCUCACAGAGGCUCGUCAGUUGCGGACUACCUUCUAAAGCAGAUCGGUGAUGAGCGUCUUGCUCAAGUAUAUUAUGCUCUCGAACAAAUAAAGUUUGAGACAGGUGCUUUCUCUCAGUUGACACGAAAUUACAUGGAAAAGACGUUCAAUCCUACCACUCCUGAUGUUGAAGACGUCCGAUACUUUUCUUAUGGGGCAUCAAUGCAGCCAAGCUUUUGGUCUGUAUUCCGCCUAUCCCAUAGGUACCUUGAGCAGGUCGAAGGCCAUAAUGACGGGCUAGUGAGCGUUGCCAGUAGCAGGUGGGGAGGGGAAGACGGCUAUAAGGGCACCCUCAUGGGGGUGAACCACUUGGACCUGAUAAAUUGGACUAACAGAUUGAAGUGGCUAGCUGGUGAGGUCACGGGGAACAGGCGAAGGUUCAAUGCACUCGCGUUCUACCUUGCCAUUGCAGACAUGCUUGCGAAGGAGGGUCUAUAA